UACGGUAGUACGGUUUGCUGUGAGAAGCAUCUUGAUUGAAUACCGAUAGCUCUAAACGGCCAAAACGCCGAAAUCCCAUUUCCCAUAACAGUACAACAGUCAACAGUACAACUUUUGUUUUUCGGCGUCCUGCCGUCCUGUCCUGUGUAUCCCACCGUUACUGGUCCGGUUCAUAAGACGGGAUCGCUUUUCGUACAUACUCCACGACAUCAACCUUUUUGCGUAUCUCACAAGUCAGUGCCGACUGCCGAGUGCCCGCCACAAAGCGGUGGACACGGUACGUCGUUCAUUAUCAUUAAAUUAUUUAACGUCGCUUCGUCCGUUAGCCAUUUUCCAGUGGCGGAGUAAUUUAGUAAUUUUAAUUCAAAAUCAACUAAUGUAAAAGCAGCAAAAGAUAUUCGUCAUCAUAAUUACUGCUCUUGACGAACUGGGUCGCUGGAUGUGGUGACGAAUAGGGAACCAGGAGGACUGCUCAAAUAUUUAUCAACCGCUUAUGGCGCCAACGACUAGAAGAAGUAACGGAGUGGCACGUAGACCAACGGCUCGUCAACCCAUUCCCAAAAAUGUGUUGGUAGAGCUGAGCGUUAGUCAUAACAAAGCGUGUAUGUUUUGUGGCCAAAAAGAAAUCAGUGAAAAAUUAUAUGGCCUGCUUUAUCAGCUUAAUGAUGUUAUUGUUCAUUACUUUUGUAUUUUAUUGUCUUCAAGAGCCGUUCAAAAUGGUGCUGACAAGGAAGGGAUUUGGGGAUUUUUAUUAAAAGAUAUUAAAGCUGAACUAACCCGAGGAUCUAGAGAAACUUGUGUUUACUGUAAGAAAAAGGGCGCAACUAUAUCAUGUUGUGGAGUAAAAUGUCGAAAAGUGUUUCAUCUUCCUUGCGGAUUGAGAAAUGGGUCUAUGCAUCAAUAUUUCCAGUCAUUUAAAUCGUUUUGUCAACAGCAUCGUAUUACACAAACUAUAGAUUUAUCAGAGUUACAAAAUUCUGCCCCCAUACAAUGUGCUAUUUGUAAGGAUGAUGUUAUACCAUCUCCUUUACCCAAUUCAAUUUGGGCACCAUGUUGCAAACGUAAUGCUUGGUUUCACCGAGGAUGUAUUCAAGAUCUGGCAUUAAGUGCUGGCUACUUUUUUAAAUGCCCAUUAUGCAAUAAUGUUGACAAUUUCAAAUGCAGAAUGUUAACUCUUGGAAUAUAUAUACCAUCAAGUUACCUGAAAAAAUUAAAUCACAGGGACGCCUCUUGGGAAACUGUACCCAAUGCUUUUGCAGAGCUCUUAGAAAGGCAUAGUACGUGCAAUGCAGAAACUUGUUUGUGUCCUCAUCAAGAUAAACGCAAAUUUCAACACGAAUCUGGAUCAUGGGAAAUAAUAUUAUGCCAUACAUGUGGUUCAAAUGGAACACAUAAAUUAUGCAGUACUCUUAAAUGUGAUCAAGUGUGGUACUGUUCAGCAUGUCAAGCCGUUACAGAUAAUGCAAAUAAAACCAAGAAAAGAAGAUUAGAAUUACCUGACGUUGGGAAUUGUAGUGGUAUUUCAAUUAUGUUUGAAGACAGAGAAAUGCAGCGACAAAAUAUUGAAUUGCUGCGUAAUGCAUCUCGGCCACUAUCAGAUGAUCCAAUAGUUAUUUCAGAUGAUAGUAAUGAUAGCAGUGUACAGUGUGUGACUUUUAUUGAACCACCAAAAAUACUACCGCAUAUGCAAGUAGUUCAAGCACCUCAAAUUCGGAUGCCAGUAAUAUCUAGCUAUACAUCAAUAAGUACAGGUACUACUAGAAAUCGCAUUAGCCGUAGAUUUGCUCUUUCUGGAAACCAGCCAAAGACUUUGGCAUACGUCAUAGCAGCAAGUAUUGAUUUAACUUCAGAUGAUGAUGACAAUGGUGAAAAUAAUAAUACAAAUAAUAAUACAUGAUGUAUAAAUUAAUAAUCAGACUACCGGGUGAAUAUUUUAUAGUGUUUUGAUUGUAUACUUUUAUACAUGAUGCUUACCAUGGAGCAAAUUAUACAAUUUGAGACUGAUCGAUUGUUUUUUCCUUCAUAUUAUUUUCUGCUAUGUAUAUUAUGUAAGAUACUUACUAAUUUAGCACUGCUAUCUGAAAUAAAUUAUAAUAGUUUCUAUCCAACUUAUUGCAAUUAGUUACUGAUAAAAGUUAAAUAAAAACUAAAACACUGCCCAUAACUAUUCAAAUGUAACUAAAGUAAUAUGUUAUAAUAUUGUUUCUUAUGUUUGUAUUUUUUUUUUUUUUUUUUUUUUUUUUUUAUUGAAUACUUUUGUGACCAAGUUUUUGUCCAAACUAUUAAAAUUUUAAUUAUAUUUAUUAAGUAUUCAAGUUUGUCAUAAAAAAAAAAAAUAGAAUAAGUAUGUACCAUAAUUAUAUUAAUAUAUAUUUUGUGAAUGAAUACUUCUUUCUUUUUAACAUAAAAUAUAAUUUUUGCUUAAUUAUAGUUACAAUCAUAAACCAAUCAAUUUAUUGGGAUCUUCGGACUUGUUGUCUUAAUUUUUGAUGUUCUAUAUCUAGUUGUUUCCUUAUAUUCCCUAAGUUUGAUAAUAAAUGUUUAUCAGUCGGCA